UGUUAGACAGGUCCACAUCACAUGGUUCCAUACUCCUGAGUGGUUCAGACUUGAAGAACCCGGAUGAUUCAUCAGCUACUGAGUCUGACCGACAUUUUGAGUUUUCAGCAUGGAUUUUCUAACAGAUAAAGAUGCAGAAAAGUACCAUAAGGACGGGUACUUGGUUCUGGAAGGGCUACUCAGCCCGGCGGAGUGUGAUGAGCUCCGGCUGAGGAUGGGGGAGAUCGUGGAUCGGAUGGACGUUCCAGACCAUUGUCGGAUCCAGUUCUCUACUAAUCACGACGAGCAGCUGAAAGAACAGAUGCAGGGAAACGCGGACUACUUCAUUACCAGUGGAGAUAAGAUCCGAUUCUUCUUUGAAAAAGGAGUUUUUGAUGAUAAAGGAAAUUUCACUGUACCAAAAGAGUGUUCUUUAAACAAAAUUGGACAUGCACUUCAUGCCUAUGAGCCUUUAUUCAAAUCUGCCACUCAUUCACCCAAGAUUCAGGGUAUAGCCAAGAAACUGGGUUUGAAGAGUCCGGUGAUUUUGCAAAGCAUGUACAUCUUUAAGCAACCAGGCAUUGGAGGAGAAGUGACGCCCCACCAGGACGCUACAUUCCUGCACACCGAGCCCCUGGGUCGGGUGAUGGGGGUGUGGAUUGCCCUGGAGGAUGCCACCGUGGACAACGGCUGCUUGUGGUUCAUCCCUGGCUCACACAACAAUGGUAUCACCCGACGUAUGGUGCGGAACACAAAAGACACCUAUCCCCUGACAGACUUUGUUGGAAGAGAGGCAAACCAUGAUGAUGAACUGUUCAUACCAACACCUGUUAAAAAAGGUGGGGUGGUUCUGAUCCACGGAGAGGUUGUUCAUAAAAGUGAGCCGAACGUGUCUGAGAAAUCACGGCACGUCUACACUUUCCACAUCAUGGAGUCUCAGAAGACAAAAUGGAGCCCCGAAAACUGGUUACAGCCUACAGAAGAGCUUCCUUUUCCUGCCCUUUAUACCAAGUAAUCCUGGUUCUCUGCCACUACACUGAAUGGAAAGACAGAGGAGAAGAUUUCACUCAUUCUGCAGGACAGUUCCAUCACAACAGGACUAAAUGAAUAACACAUUACAUAAAUGCAACCAUUACUGUGAGAACAGACAACCAGUAUAUCAAACCUAUUAUCAUACAGUACUUACAGUAUGUAACUCAAUGUAACAGGCCUACAGGAUGGGAUAAACUGUGAAUGAAGGACAUGUGAAUAACGA